CGGCGCGACCCGGAGGCGACGGCGACGGCGAUGGCGACAACACGGCUCUCUCCUCCGGCCGCCACCUUCUCUCCGAUUGCACGUGCACCCAUUAGAGUUGGAGAAGACCAACCUCCUCCUUCCUGGGACCUUGUACCCUCUCCUUCCUGGGACCUUGUACCCUCUCCAAGAGUACUACUAUGGAUAUGAGAGCAAGAGACCGCGCUAGAAAGAGGAGGGAAGAGGAGGACGAUGAUAUGAUGUUGUUUAUUUUCCCUGCACUACAUUUGUUGAGUUCUAGUGGAGCAAGGGAAAAGAAGCGAUGCCAUACAUCAAAGAUAACAUGCGAGGAGCGUGUUCGGGAGUUGCUUGAAGGGCAUGUAAAAAAUUGCCGGGUAGCAUUCAGGAUGGAGCCGGAAAUAUUUAUAUCUUUGGCCAAUUACCUUAGAACUGAAAAGUUGGUCGAUGAUACUAGGAUUAAAGUUGAAGAGAAGUUGGCGUUCUUCUUAUACAUGCUUAGUCACAAUGCUUCAUUUGAGGAUUUGCAAGAGAAAUUUGGGCACAGUGGGGAUAGCUUUCAUCGUCACGUAAAGCAUUUCUUCAACUCAGUUGUCCCUUCGCUCUCGAAGCGGUUUCUGAAGCCUCCAAAUCCUAAUGAAGUUCAUUGGAAAAUAGAAAAAGAUCCUAGAUUUUAUCCCUAUUUCAAGAAUUGCCUUGGUGCAAUUGACGGCACCCAUAUACCCAUAUCUAUAUCAUCUGACAAAGCAGCUCCAUUUAGAAAUAGGAAAAAUACUCUUAGCCAAAAUGUGAUGAUAGCUUGUGAUUUUGAUCUGAAGAUCACUUUCAUGUCUACUGGGUGGGAGGGGUCGGCUACAGAUGCCAGGGUUCUUACCUCUGCAGUAAACAAAGGCUUCCAAGUACCCCCUGGAAAGUUCUAUUUGGUUGAUGGUGGAUAUGCCAACACCAAUUCUUUCCUUGCACCAUAUCGUAAAGUCAGGUAUCAUCUAAAGGAGUAUGGGGUAGGUCGGCGUAGACCUCAAAACUACAAAGAGUUAUUUAACCAUCGCCAUGCGGUAUUGAGGAAUCAUGUUGAAAGGACUUUGGGGGUUGUAAAGAAGCGCUUCCCUAUCCUCAAAGUUGCAACUUUCCACAAAAUCAAUAACCAAGUGAAGAUACCAGUGGUUGCUGCAGUGUUCCAUAAUAUUAUUCGAUCACUGAAUGGGGAUGAGCAAUGGUUAAAUAACCAACCACAUAAUAUCCAUCCAAGCAAUUAUGUUGACCUGCCAGAUGGUGAUGAAGGCAAUGAUCAAAGCACUAAUCAAGGGAAUCUUUUGAGGGACACGAUAGCACAUCAAAUGUGGAAUGACUAUCGACAGCAUAGGAAUUAGUGGGUUGUAAUAAGUAGUAUAUUUGAUUUUUUUUUGAUGUUUUGUGAGCUGUAAUAACUACGACAUAUUACAAAUAUUAUGUUAUAAAUGAACUAUGGUGGUUGCAUGU